GUCAAUACCCGUUUCGAUAGCAAACGCCGUCCGUUUGUCCUCGGACAAAAUGUUUGCAGAGAGAAGGUUUUUGUUCGUGGGGGUCCUUUGGAAGCAGAGCACGGGACUCGGGAUCUGUUAUGCUAUGCCGCGUAGCUACUGCUUGUGCCUCUGAUUACCAGGAGUCGAACGCUCCAUCCCAUCUGAUCCCUGUCGCAUCCCGUUGUCCCAACAUGGCAGAUCCAAUUUGAGGCUCCGCGCCAACCCAUGAUGCUUUCAGGGACAAGGGGCGUUAUCACAACAUCGGGGAUAAGCGGGUCCUCCGGGCAAACAUUUUUAGCUCAAAGGAUAAGACCUCCUCGCACCCUCAAGAUAGUCAUAUUCGCAUUUCCUGAGAUCUUCCCGCCAGACUCGUCAGCGCGGCGACGAGAUACUAGCGCGGCCCGGCAUGUCGUCGAAUGCUACAGCGGUGUCGCCUCUGGCGCAGCUGCCUUUUGUGGCGAGCUUCUUCAUUAUAUGCGCAGUGUCGUUGCUGUACCUCACUUAUCAGUGGGUACUGCCGAAGCCAAUACCAGGGAUUCCUUAUAACAAAGAGGCCGUAAAAUCGAUUCUCGGAGAUGCCGCAGAAAUUAAGAAGUUGAAGGAGCAGGGCGGGCGACCGCGUGCUUGGUUCGGCCAGCAGCCAUGGAGGCACAACAGCCCGCUUGUCCAAGUGUUUCUCAUGCCAAUGUCGAAGCCAAUGUUGAUUUUGUCCGACUACCGGGAAAGUCAGGACAUCCUCCUAAGAAGGGGGAAAGAGUUUGACCGUGGUGGCCGCGGUAUGAUGGCUAUGCGUGGUGUGCUUGGAAAUCACCACAUCAGUAUGCAGACAUCAGACCCGCAGUUCAAGCCGAACAGAGAGUUGGUUAAGGACCUGAUGACACCGCACUUCUUACACACGGUUUCUGCCCCGGAAAUUUACCGAAACACACUGAAGUUCGUCGACCUAUGGAAGCUUAAAGCUGAGAAAGCCAGCGGCCGUCCUUUUCGUGCUGACCAGGAUGUCCACGUUGUGACUUUCGACAUUAUCAAGAUCGUCGCACUUGGCGAGGGUGAUUCUCAAAGCAUGACUGAGCUGUACCAUGAUAUUGUCCGCGAAAGCGACUUUGAUAGCCAGCGCCUGGAUAGCAAGGAUAUCGUCUUCACAUUUCCCGAACACCUUCCCGACGAAGACCUGCACGCCCACCAGGUCCAGCAAGAAGCUGUUGCUUCAUCCGUGACGUUCCCAUCUCCCGCUCUGUUCCACAAGUUCAACAAUCGCAAGGCCGUCAUGAAGGAAGUGUACGCUUCCAAGGACAGAAUGUUUGAGAAGCAGAUUGAUCUUGCCGUAAAGCGUCUUGAAGCCGGCGAGGAAGUGAAGUCUGCCUUGGACUAUAUGGUCAAGCGAGAGACCAACGCCGCAAAGAAGGCUGGGAGACCAGCCGUGUUUAACUCCCCAUUCAUGAAGGAUGAACUCUACGGCUACAUUGGAGCCGGCCAUGAGACGACUGCGACUUCUUUCCAGUGGGCUUUGAAACACUUGGCCGUCCACGGAGAUAUCCAGCAAAAGACCCGUCAGGCUCUACGUACGGCGUACGUUGACGCCACAGCCGAGGGACGUCAGCCGACCGUCACCGAGAUCACCAAGAUACAAGUGCCAUAUCUGGAAGCUGUGAUGGAAGAAACUUUGCGUCUAACAGGUCCUGUCCUCGGGGUCAGCCGCCAAGCGCAGGUUGACACAGUGAUCCUCGGCCAUCGCAUUCCCAAGGGCACGGAGGUCUUCAUGCCUACCAUGGGUGCCAGCAUCGCUCAACCGUCAUUUCAUAUCGAAGAGUCGAGAAGAAGCGAAGGCUCCCAAGCUCAUAAAGACACUCGUAGCUCCUGGGACGAUCAAGACCCGCAGGCUUUCAUUCCCGAGCGCUGGCUCAAGACAGAAGACGGUUCUGAGUCUUUCGACCACCAAGCUGGUCCUCUUUUGAGUUUUAGCCUCGGCGUCAGAGGCUGCUUCGGUCGACGUUUGGCCUAUCUCGAGUUCAGAAUUCUGAUGGCAUUGCUGAUAUGGAAUCUUGAACUGGGUUCGCUGCCUCAAGAGCUGAACACCUUCGAUGCAAUCGACAGCCUCACCACGAAACCGGCCAAGUGUUAUGUUAGGAUCUCCCAUGCGAAGAAUUAAUUGACGAAUCACUUUUGAAGACUGUACAAAAGGGAAGGUUACCUGGUGAUACACUAUGGACAGGACGUAACGGUUGGAGUAUUUUUCUGCUUUUAGAUGCCGAAUGGCAGAGGCAAGUCUUCGAAUAAUGAUAGACAGGUUCGAGUGGACAGAUGUAUAACACGGUUAGGUGAACGUUGCCGUAUCAUGCCGAGAUACUGGCAAGCUUUUCCCAUCCAAAAUUACGAAUUCACCCGAACUUGAACAAUUAAUAGUCCAAUUGUAAUGAUUCAGCUGAUUUUCAUGUUCUACUCCUAGGCUCUAGCAUCAUCCUACUUGAAACGUAUGCCAG